UUAUUCGUUGCAACUCGGAGUAACAUCGUCUGGCAACUCAGUUUCUCCCGAGUCGUCAUUUCAUUCCAACGCGGCCAUGGCUUCCGUCCACGCCAUAGCUCCUCAGAGGUUCACUUCCUUCAUUACAGAAAAACGAGCCUGUCUACGCGCCGCUCCCAAUUUCCACGCGUUGAAGCUUCCGCAGCGUUCAAUUUUCUCGAGAAAUGGGCAGAAGUUGAGUUGGGCGUUGAACUCGGCGGUGGAAGAGCUCGAUGUUAUCCCGGUGCAGAGCGCUGAUUUCACCGACCAGCAAGAAGGAGUGGCGGUGAGCCGGGUGGAGAGGGAGAGCGUGGAGGGAGAGAUGGGGAGUGCGGUAGGUGGAUUCGGCGAGCUCUCGUUGGGAGGCGCUGGUGAAAUUCAGGGGUUUUCUUCUUCUGGUACUGUUAGAGAUGGCGGUGUAACAGAGAGCGGGGAGAGUGAGAAGGUCAUAAUUGAUCGGAUUAUAAAUGCGACCAUUGUUCUUGCGGCGGGUUCUUAUGCUAUCACGAAGUUGCUCACCAUCGAUCAAGAUUAUUGGCAUGGAUGGACACUUUUUGAAAUACUGAGAUAUGCCCCUCAACACAACUGGAGUGCUUAUGAGGAAGCUCUUAAGACACACCCAGUUCUCGCUAAAAUGGUGAUUAGUGGAGUGGUGUACUCUCUUGGAGAUUGGAUUGCGCAGUGUGUCGAAGGAAAACCUCUAUUCGAAUUUGAUCGUACACGCAUGUUCAGAUCAGGCCUUGUUGGCUUUUCUCUACAUGGUUCCCUUUCCCACUACUACUAUCAUUUUUGUGAGGGUCUUUUUCCUUUUCAAGAUUGGUGGGUAGUUCCUGCUAAAGUAGCAUUCGAUCAAACGGCAUGGUCAGCAGUUUGGAACAGUAUUUAUUUUGUGGUAUUAGGAUUCCUACGGCUCGAGUCCCCAGUUUCUAUAUUUAAUGAACUAAGGGCGACAUUUUGGCCUAUGCUUACCGCGGGUUGGAAACUUUGGCCAUUUGCUCAUCUUAUCACAUACGGUGUUGUUCCUGUAGAACAAAGACUCCUCUGGGUUGAUUGUGUGGAGCUUAUCUGGGUGACCAUACUCUCCACUUAUUCGAACGAGAAAUCGGAGGCUAGAAUCUCUGAGGUAGCUACAGAUUCCGGUUCGGAUUCUCUUUCAAAAGAUUCAACUCAGGGCUAAGCUGACAGGAAAAACCAUGAAAUAUGUGUUGUUCACUUCAACUCUGAGAAUCUGAAGAGAAAGAUUCACUCCGGAGCAUUUACGAUCGUACACGUAUAAACAUGAUUCGAGCUGCAAAUCUUGAUUGUUGUACAUUGUGUAGAAAUUUCUGAACAUUAUUGUAGAUGAACACUUAACACGUUUUCUUUUUGCGUUUGAUAGCUUUUCAUCAACUGUAUAAAUAUAGUGAAAUAUAUAGAAUCUUGUACUUCCAUUGGCUCUUCAAGCCUUGU